AUGUUCGCGGACGUGCCCGACGCCCACAAGGAGCACCCCCUGGUGCUCCGCCGCGUCGCCGGCGCCGACUUUGUCUGCAGUGGCUGCGCCUGCAACGGAGCAGGUUUCCGCUACCGCUGCGACGCCUGCGACUUCGACCUGCACGAGUUCUGCGCGACGUGCCCGCCGACCGCGCUCCUUCCUUUCCACGGGCAGCACCCGCUGACGUUCGAGCCGGCCGUGGCCUACGACGAUGGUCGCGUCUGCGACCUGUGCGAGACGCGGAUCUACGGCAUGCACUACAGGUGCCGCCCGACCGCCUUCGACGUGCACCCUGUCUGCUCCCAGCUGCCAGCCGCGGCCGUCUCGCCGUUGCACCCGGAGCAUCUCGUCGUCCUCACCGUGGCCCGUCCAACGAAGUGCACGCGCUGUAGCACCGACUGCCUCUGGCGCUACCGGUGCAGUCCCUGCGGGGUCGACCUGCACCCCAGUGCAGUGGUUAUUUCGCAAAAAACACCUCGUAAUCUUAAAACAAUAGCAAACAGGUACUCCUUCUGCUUCCUCCGUCCGGCGCCCGCGCGUCGCCACGGGCCGGCGCCGUGGGAUUCCGCCGACGUGCUGGAGAUUCGGCGCUCGCAGCCCACCCGCAACCACCCACCGCCGCCCAACCGCCACCAGCUGCUCGCCGAUUCCGCCGCCCACCGCCGCGACCACCAGGCGAGCUGGUCCUCGAUCCGCAAGGACCUGCGGCGCCAAGCUGCGCGAUUCCGCCACCUAGCUGAGCUGCCGCCCAUCUGCACGACCAGCCACCACGGCGCGGCGCCCACUUGCACCUGCACCGCCGCCAACCUCCACGAUCUCGCCGCGAUCCUUCCCCGCGCCCCGUCUCUGCUGCUGGGAGACUCCAAUCGCCGGCCCAGUCUCUCCUUUUCCGCCGGAUCCUUCCUCACCGGCUCUGCUGCUGGGGUAGUCCUUCCCUGCCGCUCCUUCCUCGCCGCCGACGCCUACUACUGCUGCUGCCCCCGCCGACGACGCCUACUGCUUCUGCUGCUUCGACCACCUGCAGUUGGUAGUCCUGCAAAAUUGGAGCUCCAGACGAUGUCGGCCUUGAGGUGCUGGACGACGGUGCCGUGGCUGAACAGGAGUGGACGGCGUCGUUUACCUGCUGGCGACGGCGACACGGGGUGUACAGCAGCGUCGACCUGCUGGCGAAGGAGCUGCGGCGUGGCGGGGCUACCGACCGAAGAUGGCGUGGGAGGGGCAGGGUUGGGCUGCGGCGGGUAGGUAUGAGGUCGACGGAGGCUCGCCGGCGAGGAGGUGGUCCACGACGCGCAGGGGAACCAGGCGGCGGCAAAAAUCGAACCUUGCUGCUUGGGGGGUGUGCGUGUGUGUGUGGAGCCGGCGAGGAAGGAGACGGAGUGGACUGCGGGUUUGGUCGGGGAAAUUUAAAGGACUAAAUUGCAAAAAAGCCUUUGCGACAAGAAUUACGGGACGGAGGGAGUACUUUUUUUUUAA